AUGCUCUUCACUGUGUUCCAGGAGUUGACCGAAACUGGGUUUGUCAAGUCGCCCAUGUCAGAGACUAAGCUCACGGGGGACGCCUUUGAGCUGUACUGUGACGUGGUCGGGAGUCCCACACCAGAGAUCCAGUGGUGGUACGCAGAAGUCAACCGGGCAGAGUCUUUCAGACAGCUGUGGGACGGUGCUCGGAAGCGCCGUGUCACCGUAAACACCGCCUACGGGUCAAACGGCGUGAGUGUGCUGAGAGUGACCCGGCUCACCUUGGAGGACUCUGGCACUUACGAGUGCAGGGCCAGCAACGACCCCAAGAGGAAUGACUUGAGGCAGAACCCCUCCAUAACCUGGAUCCGAGCCCAGGCCACCAUAAGCGUCCUUCAGAAGCCAAGGAUUGUCACCAGUGAAGAAGUGAUCAUUCGAGACAGCCCCGCCCUCCCCAUCACCCUGCAGUGUAACCUCACCUCCAGCUCUCACACCCUUACAUACAGCUACUGGACAAAGAAUGGGGUAGAACUGACUGCCACUCGCAAGAAUGCUAGCAACAUGGAGUACAGGAUCAAUAAGCCAAGAGCUGAGGAUUCAGGCGAAUACUACUGUGUGUUUCACUUUGUCAGCGCUCCUAAAGCCAAUGCCACCAUUGAAGUGAAAGCUGCUCCUGACAUCACUGGCCACAAGCGGAGUGAGAACAAGAAUGAAGGACAAGACGCCGUGAUGUACUGCAAGUCCGUCGGCUACCCGCACCCCGAGUGGCUGUGGCGGAAGAAGGAGAACGGCGUGCUCAUGGAUCUUGUCAACACCUCUGGCCGCUUCUUCAUCAUCAACAAGGAAAAUUACACGGAGUUGAGUAUCACGAACCUGCAGAUCACGGAAGACCCUGGCGAGUACGAAUGUAAUGCCACCAACUCCAUCGGCUCCACCUCCGUCGUCACCAUCCUCAGGGUACGGAGCCACUUGGCCCCACUCUGGCCUUUCUUGGGAAUUCUGGCUGAAAUCAUCAUCCUUGUGGUGAUCAUUGUUGUGUAUGAGAAGAGGAAGAGGCCAGAUGAGGUUCCUGAUGAUGACGAACCAGCUGGGCCCAUGAAAACCAACUCGACCAACAACCACAAAGAUAAAAACUUGCGCCAGAGAAACACAAAUUAAGUACCUGCUUGUAACGUCUUAGGUUCCUGAAGCUGGGGGCGCCGCGUGACCUGCCAACGCUCCUGCUUGGGCCGCCCGGCCCUCUCCCCUCUCCAGUGAGCAGCACCGUGACGACUGUCUAAGCAUGCCUUAUUUAGCCUCUCCUGUAAGGGUGACCUAGCCAGGUACAUUUAACAGUGCUUCAGUGUAGAAGGUGUACACUAUUUUGGGCUUGAUGUGCUGUGAAUGUCGCUUUUUCCUUUGUUAAAAAUACUGAGACAGAAGUGAAAGACCCCCGGGGGUCAGACCGUGCAUGCGCCAUUUUUCACUUAAUGCAGCUGUUAAAUUGGCAGAGCUCUAAAACGUACUGCUGCCAUCUAGUGGUAAUUUUUGUAAAGGACAGCAAAAUCUACAGAUAUAUACAGUAUAUAAAUAUAUAGAUCUAUAUAUUUAUAUUUUUGGGGGUGGGAGAAAUCCAGAAUAAAUGCUUGUUUCAUUUUUAAGCUGCUGACACUCAUUCCUUAUUGUACGUUACCACGAGGGACUUGUGCAGUGUGGUACAGCACGAGGAGUAGAGACCGAGUCUGUAGUUUAAGGGCUUACCUGCGCCUCUGCGAAGGAGCGGAACAGGCCACUGAAGGGAAACACGGACGUGCAGUGGAACCGGGCGAUUGCUUUUCGAGUGAUUCUUUGUCGUUGUUGAAACAUGUAAAUUCUUAAAUCCUUUUGCACUGAUGUGUUGAAUCUUAUUCUUGUACAUUCAAUCAAAGCAAACUUUUAUAAUUUACCUUUUGUUUCCAAUGACCUUGAAAUGUAUUAGCAUGGUGAUAUUCUAUGCAACUCUAGUUGUACUUUGGGUUUGACACUGUAUUUUCACAUUGACGCAAUGAUCGGUGGUAGAUUUUCUAAGCAGACUGACUAGGCUCUCCUGCGGUACGCAACUGUAGGUGCAUGUGUUUGUGUUCUGUGUAACUGUUGAAGUGCAAUGAUGUAUAAAAAAGUGGAUUCACCUGUUUUUAAAAAUAAAACAUUGAUAAAAGGUG